AUGGCAGCGGUCGACUGGACUAAACUUCCAAAGGAUCUUCUCAAUCUGAUAUCACAACGAAUCAAUGACGAAGUUGAUCUCAUUCGCUUUCAAUCAGUUUGUUCAACAUGGCGCUCUUCCUCCGUCCCCAAUCAUCAUCCCAUUUCACCCUUCAAGUUCCCACUCCUCAAAUUUCCAUUCCUCUCUGACCCCAAUGACAUUGAUACCAUCAACAGCAACAACAACACUUUAUUCUGUUACCUCACCAAACAAAAUCUCUACCUCAUCCAACCACCACAACAACAACAAGAAGAACAACGCCUACUUCGCCCGUGGUUGGUAGGAGUUGGCCAAAACGCGCAUGGUCAACCCAAAUACUUCCAUCCAGUCAACCAAGAUUGCUCUUUUGUUGUCCAUUCUGUGAUUGAUCACAACACAUUAUCUGUUCUCCAUAUGGGAAGCACCUACUUCAUCAUGGACAUCGACGUCAAAAUCAACCGUCAACUCAUCAUCAGUCAAGAAUACAUGUACCCUAAAAAGGUCGUUGCUGUCACGUGCCAUGGAAAAACACCUCUCGUUGUUGGCAUGUUAGCCUUUCCUCCGUAUCCGUUACUUUUGAAAUGUGGUGAUGAGGAUUGGAAGGUGAUCCCUGACAUGUCAAUGAAAUUCGAAGACAUAUGUGUUUUUAAAGGGCGGCCUUAUGCGAUCGACGAAAUUGGUAAGACGAUUAUGAUUGGACCAGAUUCGAGUGUCCAUUUAGUGGCUGAACCUUUGGUUGGUGGUGGGAACAUAAAAUUCUUAGUGGAGAGCGAGGGAGAUUUGUUGUUAUCGGAGGCUUAUGAUUGUCUUAGUAUUGAUCUUAAUGAUCCUGUAAGGAUUGAUUUGUUUAAGCUUAACGAGAAGGAGAAGAAGUGGGUGAAAUUAACGAGUUUAGGGGAUAGGGUUUUGUUCUUGGGGUUGGGGUUGGUAUAUUCGUUUUCUGUUUCUGCUUCAGAUUUGUGUGUUUCCAAAGGGAAUUGUAUCAUCUUUGAAUCUAUGUCUUCCGAACGUGAGUUAUAUGUUUUGGACUUGGAUGAUGGUCAGCUUUCGCUUUUUUAUGAUAAUCCUGAAUAUUCCAACUUGUUCUGGCUACCUCGAACAUGGAUCCGAGCUCGUUACCAAAGGGUUUUAGAUGAGGCUGUCAAGUUAUUGACUGAGAUGAAGGAUUUUGGUUUCUCCAUGAAUCUUUAUGAAUAUCACAAGUUGAUCCACUCUCUUCGCUUGAAGGCUAGGAAUUUGAUAAGAGAGCAACUAGACGAAAUAGAGCCUAUCGAUAAGGAAAUGGAAAAAGCACAGCUAACCAAAAUGGACUCUAUGAAUUUUUACGGUUCAGGAGGAUUGUAUGCAAUGUUUGCUGGAAAAGAAUGUAACCUACCCCUCGCUCUCCUGUCUUUUAAACCUCAAGAUAUUAACGGGAACCUCGAAGGUUUCCACAAGUCAGAGCUCACAGUUUUAGAGGAUUGGGAGUAUAAGUUCAUAGACAAGUAUUCAAAAGUUGGUUAG